UCAGAGUCCUCAAAUGCCAAAGGUUGAAGCCGCUUCAGUGUUUUCAUGCCAGGGAAGUCUCUCCCGCCGUCUCCCACGGGUUGCCUUUGGAGGAUUCGCUUUUAUCAACGCCGACGAGCAAUUUUGGAGCCUGCGUCAGGGGGCAAUGCCAGCCAGAAAUCGAUGCCACCCCCCUUCGGAGAGGGAGGAUCUCUGCACAAACUAACUCCUCGUGUUCACUGCACAUCUGAAAUCUUCUCUGCUACCUAUAGAGGCUGAGUCCGCAGGUCCUCACUCGCAGCCCCAGAUACCGUGUCCCCUAAACAAGCUGUGGGAGAUGUUGGCAUCUCUGGAGGGUGACCCGAUGUCACCAGGUGAUCUCUGUUUCUAUUCCUCCUCUGGAGAGAUCCUGUUCCUGCCAUGACUAUAUAGGGAUCCUCCAGCCCUCCCCUCCGCCUCAGCAUUUAAAUCAGCUAAAAUUAGGUGGUGGGAAGGUCCCUUCCCCGCUGCCAGCACAGCUGUCGUGUCCCUGACGGCUCUUCCACCUCGGUGCGGACGCACGACGCCUCCAGCCAGUCUGGGUACCGGUUUCCAAGAGCACUUCAUUCCCAGAACCUGCCAAAAUCUCUGAUACAGACACCCUCCACGUACGCAACCCUCACAGCCCGGGAGCAAAACAGCCCCGCUUAGACCAACUUCAUCAUUACAGAAAAUCAACCGUGGGUCUUGGUUGACAAAGCUCUCGGAGGCGCUUCCGCUUAGGAAGCGAAGGUGACGAUGGCGUCAGGGAAAAGGAACGCGGAUCUCAAAGAAUGGGAUGCAAAAAUCAGAAAAUUAACAGAAGAAUUUGAAGAAAGCGACGCAGAACUUGAGGAAAGUGAUGCAGAAUAUGGUAAGUGUGAACUUAGAGCAGAGAUCGACAAUCUGACUGCACAGCUUGAGGAACGUGAUAGAAGAAUCAGCAAGCUUACAUCGAACCUGGGUGAAUGCGAUGCAAAAAUCAAGGAACGUGAUAGAAAAAUUACCAAGCUCGCAGCAGAAAUACGCAAACUCACUGCGCUGCUUGGGGACCGAGACUUGAGGCUUCGGAAACUCACUGCGGAACUUGCAAAAUGUGAUGCGACAAUAAGAAUAUUUACGGUGGAGCUUGGCGAGCGGCACACAAAAAUCGGUGAACUUACUGCAGAUGUCGGGGACUGCAAUAGAAAACUUCGGCAACACGCGGCGGAACUUGAGGAACGUGACGUGAAAAUCAGGGAAAAUGAAGCGGAGAUAAGGCACCUUGCUGAGCUGCUUGAGGACCGAGAUUCGGAAGUUCGAAAACGAGAUGCCAUCAUUAGAAAAUUGACGGAAGAGCUUGAGGAAUUAAAGGAUAGGGAAGCUGCUGGAUCUUCUGAGGAGUCUGAGGACAGUGAUCUAGAAAGGGACAAACUUGCCGAAGACCUUGGUGAAGUCACUGAAGAGCUUGGGGAACGUGAUAAAAAAAUAGAGGAAAUCACUGAAGAGCUUGCGGAAAGGGCUGCACGGAUCGGGGAACUCACUGCAGAGCUGGGAGAACGUGAUACCAAAAUUGACGAACUGUCUGCAGAAAUCAAAAAACGCGAUAGAAAAAUCGAUGAGCUCACUGCAGAGCUUGAGGAAUAUAAAGCAAAAAUGCGCAUAUGCAUUGAAGGCCACAGGAAAGAGGAAGAAAAAAUGGCAAAUGUGACGCUGGAUCCAGAGACAGCCCACCCCCGCCUCAUCCUCUCCAAGGAUCAGAAGAGCGUGAGAUGGGAAUACAUGCUGCAGGAAUCUCCCGACAGCCCCGAGCGGUUUGACGCCGACCCUUGUGUGCUGGGUUGCGAAGCUUUCACCUCCGGGAGACACUACUGGGUGGUGGAUCUAGCAGAGGGACAGUACUGUGCCGUUGGGGUCAGCAAAGAGUCUCUGCAGAGGAAAGGACCCAUCAGCUUUAAUCCUGAGGCAGGGAUCUGGGCGGUGCAGCAAUGGGGCUUCAAGAACCGCGCCCUCACCUCCCCUCCAACCCUCCUUAACCUGCCACGGGUCCCCAGAAAGAUCCGGAUCUCUCUAGACUAUGAAUGGGGAGAGGUGGCGUUUUUUGACGUUGACAACAAAAUACCAAUCUUCACUUUUCCUCCAACUUCUUUUGACGGGGAGCGGAUCCGGCCGUGGUUCUGGGUGGAGUUGGGCUCGCUCUCUCUGGUCCGAUGACCUUUGCAUUCCUCCUCGGCAUCGGCAGCGAGCAGGCGGCUCGGGAGGCAGGAGGAGUCGUGGAAGCACCUUACUCCACCCACGCUCCGACACCUAGGUGGUUAAGAGCAGCAGGAUAGAGACCAGGAUAGAAAUGCUCUCAGGAAGAGCAGCGCCAAACCUCACUCUCCCCCGUUCCCAAUCGAGCGCUCCAACCCUGUGCAAAGGAAAGGCAGCCCGUCCUGCAUGUUCUCAACAUAAGGUGACAGAAGAUCUGCCCAGCCUCAGCCCUUGGCCCAAUGUCUCAUGGUUGCAUUUCCGGCGUAGAGGAACAUCAAAUGACCUGCAGAGAGACGUAAGCUCCUCCUUCAGUUGAUGGAAAGAGAAGGGCACCAGGGUAAGUCGCUGUUCACUCUGUCUGCCUCACUCAAGUGAGAGUCCAGGCUCCCACCAGCAUUUUCUUCUCAUCAUUUGGUGGUUGCUGGAUAGAUUUCAACUAUUUGAGCCACUUUUAUAGAAGGCAGAGGGAAAUAAGCACUUCUGGUGGGCAACUCCUCUCAUCCAGACACAGACAUCAAAAUAGGGCAGGCAAACUGUGCUUUCCGUGUGCCUAUCUCGCCUCGUCAACCGUUGAAGAAGUCUACCCUUGGAAGAGAAAAAACAACUCUUCUUCACCCAACCUCCUUACAAUUUCAGGCCCUUGGCCAGAGAAAGGAUGUGUCAAACCCUCCGUGACCAUUUGCAUUGCUCCCGGGCGCCUCGUCAAUGCUGCACCAAUAUCUCCGCAGGUUUCCUCCCCAAAUGCUCCAGCUACCGUGCUGCCAGUCAAGGCAUUGCUCCCGUAAUCCUUUAUACUAGAGCUGGGUGCAACCAGGUCCUCUGGCAGGACUAAAUUUGGCUCAAAUCUGGCCUGGACAGAUGAUAUUAGUCCAGUGGGGUUAGUCAGAGUCCAUGAGUUUAGCUCAGCCUUUGGGAGAAGAGAUAAGCCUGGAUUCAAGACUAAGCUGGCAUGAUGCUCUCAGGUGAAAAUGGGGGUGCCAAACAUCCAGUCCAUAUGGAUUAAAGGUUUGAAGAGGCUCAACAUGAGGACGGAGCUCUGCAUCAUGAUGCCAUAAAGCUUCCAGUGAGGUGCUGGGGGCUUUAAAACUAGAUUCAUGUGGGUUGAGGUCAAGCUUGAGAUAUGCAUGGGGCCAGCUGUAUUUGAAGGUUGGUGACUGGGGACAUCACUGAAGCCGCUAGAGGGGAUGGACAUCGUGGUCGUCACCUUUCACAACAUCUCACUGCACUUUAACAGCACCGAUUAAUUCUUCUUUAAUCCCUGCUUGUUCUUAGCCACCUGUAAAGCCUUAAAAUCUUGUCUUUUGCCCCACCAUGAGAUGGCCAACUGGUAAUUCCCAUCUGAUAAUAAAUCAUUUAAAAAAUCAAAUGCUCCGGAGAG